AUGAAUAACCCUUCAGAGAAUCAUACACGCAACAUUUACACGCUUAUCGGUGAUGAAAACUAUACCGAAGCUAUCCGUCUUCUUGAAAUACAGCUUUCCAACUUCAAAGACUGCGUUGCAAUCCACUCUCUCAUCGCAUAUUGCGCAUGGCAGAUGGAAGAUUAUCAGAAGGCAGCUGCUGAGUACGGCAAACUUGUCGAACUAAAUCCAAACAAAGAUUCAUACAAACUCCAUCAUGCAAACGCUUUAUAUAAAAUCGAACAAUACGAUGAAGCAGCACGUGUUUCCUUUGGCGUUCAAGAUAAUGAACUUAAGCCACAAGUCGUUGUUUUGCAAGCAGCUAUUCGUUAUGCUCAAGAGGACAUUCAAUCUGCAAAAUCCGGUCUUGCUGCAGCUGAUCAAACAGAUGUUAACGUUAUGCUUGACAACGCUUGCAUUCUCUACAAGGAGGACAGAUUCGAGCAGGCAUUGGAAGUUUACAUGGAAAUUAAGAGAGUUCACGGUUUCAUGCCAGAAGUUGCAUACUGCAUUGCUCUUUGCUACUAUAGAUUAAAUAGAAUUACAGAAGCCCAACAAAUGAUUGCAGAAAUCAAAUCUCAAGCAGGAAGAGCUCAUCCAGAGCUUCUUCGCAACGUUGUUGGCGAUGCAGUUGAUUUUGAUGCUCAGGGCUUGAUCUCCAAGGCACGUGAUGCCUUCUUUGUUGAAGGCGUUAACCUUCUUUCGGCAAUUGAAUACGAUCAGCAUCAUAAGAAAGAAGCUAAAGAAGCUCUUAAGGAAUUACCAUGUCGUAAUGAAGAAGAUCUCGAUCCUGUUACUCUCCAUAACACUGCUAUCGUUAAUAUGGAAGAUGAUCCAACAUCUUCUUUCACAAAGCUUUCAUUCCUUCUCAACCAAGACAUUACACCACCAGAGACAUUCAGAAACUUACUUCUCGGUUACUGCAAGUUCGAAUAUUACACAUAUGCUGCAGAUUUACUUGCUGAGAAUACAGAGCGUGCACAUGAAAGUAUGGACCCAGGAAUGAUCGAUUUCCUCGAUGCCCUUCUUCUCUGUGCCACAUCCAAAGAAGAAGCUUACAGAAAAUUCGAUGAUCUUUGCAAACAACGUGCAGAUUUACUUCGUAGACUUUACAAGGCCGUCGAUGAUGCUCGUAAGACUCACGAUGAUGUCCUCCAGACACAGCUUACCCUUGAAUUCGAAGCAGGAGUUAACGACCUUAUUCCAGUUUUGAUGGCCCAAGCCAAGAUCUUCUGGGAUAUGGGCAGCUACGAACUUGUAGAGAUUCUUCUUCUCAAAUACAUCGAUUUCUGCGAACAACAUCGUACUUGGAAGCUUAAUCUUGCACAUACUUUCUUCAUGGAGCCAGGCAAAUAUAAAAACGCUAUCGAUUACUACGAACAACUUGUUCUUUACGAACAGAACCUUCUCGAUGUCGAAGCUAUCAUCGUUGCAAAUCUUUGCGUUUCUUAUGUUGUUAUGGACCAAAACCAGAAGGCAGAUUCGCUUAUUAAUAAACUUACUGAAGAAGAGGCUGCCAAAAAGAAAGAAGAUGAAGACGCAAAACUUAUUCAUCUUUCAAUUAUUCAUUUGGUCAUCGGAACUCUUUACUGCGCUAACAAGAACUUCGAUUUCGGUAUUGAUUACGUAUUCAAGGCAUUUAACCCAAUGCACGAGAAACUUACAGCAGAUACAUGGUUCUACGCAAAGAAGUGCUUGUUCGAGCUUUUGAGAUGCCUCUCACUUAGACAGUGCGUUCUUGAUGAUGCAAUGUUCAACAAGAUAAUUGAAUUCCUUGAUAACGUUGACAAGAACGGAAAGAAGAUCGAAUCAAUCAAUGAUUUGACAAUUGAUGCUAACGAGGCAAGAGAACACCAGACAGUUUCAUUCGAGGCUCGUGUCAUCAAGGCGAUGUUGCUUAGAUUAUAUGAAUUUUAA